AAUAAAUCAUUCAGUUACUAUAUCUACUUUCUUAAAAUUCGACAUUCAUAAAGUUUAACUGGUGAACGACUAUCUCAAUAAUAAUAUUACUUCCACAGCCUCACUCAAAAGAGUGUAUGGGACUACCGUAUAUUUUGUCUAUUUUAUUCACAUUAUGUAAAUUUUUAUCUUAAUAUAUAAAGCUGAAAUGUUUGUCUGUCUGUUUGUGGCACAUGAACUCCUCCGAAACGGCUGGGCCGAUCUUGAAGAAAUUUGGUAUGGGGGUAGAGGGGGUCAAUACGAGUUGCAAGCGCUAUAUGGGAUUCCGCCCCAACCCCCCUUUAUAGCGCCCCCACAGAAAAAUUGAUUUUUUCCCAUUUUCUACCUGCUGAGGGGUCAGAUAACGGGAUUUUUUUAUUUUAAAAAUUUUUCGGGAUACCGUAUUAUUCAUCCCCCCACUAAUAUACGCCCCCCUUUUAUAAUUUAAAAUGAAGUUUGCUCACACGUGAUUGGGGGCUCGGGUUGACUAGUAUAAAAUAAACGCAAUAUAAUAUGAAUAAACAUAGUAUUACUUGGCAGAUUUUACUUUUCAUUUAGGUACACUAAAUAUGACGCCUUUUAGAAAAAAAAAUGUUCCAACACUGAGAUAGAUAAGGCUAAUAUAUAAAAGUAUGAAAAUACAAAAGCAAAAAUUCAGUUAUAUUCUCGCGUCUGAAGACUGAAGACAUUCAUUAAAAACAUGGAACAGUGGAAGAAUCGUGUUGCUAUCGUCACUGGUGCUUCGGCAGGAAUUGGUGCUGCAAUUGCAAAGGAUCUCGCUAAGGCGGGAAUGAUAACAAUUGGAUUAGCGCGAAGAGUGGAGAAAAUUGAAACUCUGAAAAAGGAUCUUCCAGCAAAUGUUCAAGGAAAUCUUCAUGCUGUGAAAUGUGAUGUGUCGAAAGAAGAAGAAAUAAUUAGAGUUUUUUCUGAAAUUGACGCAAAAUUCAAUGGAAUCGAUGUUCUCAUUAACAAUGCUGGAAUUUUUCGAGAAACUGAAUUAAUUUAUAAGGAUAAUUCUUCCAAAAUUCGUGAAGUGGUCGAUACAAACAUUUUGGGUUUGGUUUUCUGUACAAGAGAGGCCUACAAAUCAAUGGAAAAGCACGGAAGGAAUUCUCAUGUUGUUCAUAUUAAUAGUGUUGUUGGACACAACGUAAUCCGAAAUCUUCAAAUGCCUUCCAGCAACAUUUAUGCUCCAAGUAAACAUGCAGUUACCGCCAUAACGGAAAUCCAUCGCCAGGAAUUAAUAAGGAGCAAGCAUCACAUCAAGGUGACUUCUAUAAGCCCGGGAAUUGUGAAAACUGAAAUUGUUACAAGUGAAUUGUUAGAAAAAUUCGGCAAUUUUCCGUACCUUGAGGCUGAAGACGUUUCCCAGAGUGUUCUUCAUGUCCUUGGGACUCCUCCUCAUGUUCAAAUUCACGAGUUAACUAUUAAACCGUUUGGGGAACAGUUUUGAAAUUAUAAUAUUAAAAACAAAACCAUGGAAGAUUUUUAUUUUUUUAUACUAUGUAACUCAAUCUAUAUUCUCAAUCAGCCGAUAUUGUAAUUGAUAUCUCGACAACAUCUUUAAAGAAAAUAAAAUUUGUAAAAUAAUAAA